AUGGGAUGCGGAUACAGAAUUCUUGAAGCUUUCGUUGAGGAAUUUGCUGAACUAGAAGAGUCUCAACAGAGAGAAUGGUGGGGAGGUGGUGAAGAGAAAGAGAAAGAGAAAGAGAAAGAAAAAGAGCAGGAGCAGAAGCCAAAGAAGAUCGAUGAAGGGAUCAUUGAUACGUCACAGGAGUUGACAGCUGAAAACUUAGGAAAGAUGGCUGACAAGGUGCUGGCUCCUAAGGAACUUAAGGUAGACUCUAGGUCUGUAUCUGAGUCUAAAAGCCAGGUCAGUUUAAAUGCGUCGUCGAGUGAGUCAGACAUUGUGACUGGCAGUAAUCCUACUACUGUUCGUCAAGCGAUCGAAUUGGUUGCUACUCUGACUGAGUCUCAAGUCAGAAAAGGGAAACUGACCUGUAAGGGAGACAAGAAGAAGUCAGCCGAUUCUGCUCAAGACAAGGGUAAGGGAAAGAAGAAGGGUGAGUCUUCUAAGAAGUCAAGGAAGCACAAGGCUUCCCAGAACUUUGCAGUCACCGCACAGAACCCUCAGAACCCACCAGCACAACCUCCUGCGUAG